GAAGUUGUGCAUUUUGAGCUGCAUUUCAUAAUGCAUCCACGUGAAACCUUUACAACAAAAUGAAUUCUUGGAUGCUGCUUAGGUCAUAGCGCCUAUAUAACUUCCUGCAUGUAAUACUCCAAAGAAAGAUGAAUAUCCUGGGUCUUCGGCGCCAUUUCACUUCCCCUCUCUCGUUCACGAAUGUUGAUGCUUCACCGACUGUCCCAUCAAAUUCCUCGAAUCAGGACUCUCAGGACAACAAGGAUGUCCUACUACAAAGACUCAAUGACCUCGUAGUCAGGUUGUCACAUGAUGACGCCGAAGACGAUGCCAUCACUGCGUUGCACAAGAAGACGGAUGAGAUGGAGACACUAUUGAGAGUGGAAUAUUCUAUGGAUUUGGACCCUAAAGUAUCUCAUACUAAAGUCAAACCACCGCCGCCGCGAAGGGACUCCAACGAUGUGUUCUGGGGACGACCACUCAACACUAGAAGGGAGAGCUACCUACGAAGAUCUACGUCUCCACCACCAAUCUCCCGUAGCUCUUCAUACAAUAGGGGUGUAGUGGCGGUCGCGAAAGCUGCUGAGAUAGCAACAUCAGCUGAAGCGUUGAACGUACGACUUGCAAGAGCAGUCGGCGAACUCCAAGCUCAUAGAAUAGAAAGUGAUAAGAUUCUCGCCUGGCACGUCUCCAAGUUGGACGAAUGCACAGAAGAAAUCACUAAUUUAGAGGAACACAUUUCAAAUCUCCAGGAAGAGCUUGGGACCAGUCAAUCACUACUUAAUCGUACCCAAAUCGAAAUGCAAACUAUGGCAGCAAAGCACGCGAAAGCUCUGGACGAUAUAAGCUGGAGGGAAGAUUGGGAUGAACUCAAUCAGGAUGUAGAUAUGAGAGGUAACAGUAGUAUAGGGGUGUGGGAUGACUCUACCGAGUAUUUGGCUGAAUAAAUAUCAACUAUGUUAAUAUUUUCAUGUCGGAUAUCUUAUUGAGGAUAAGCAAUAGGUUUGGCUCUGCGUUUACACGGAAGAUUGCAUAGAGAUUAGGAGUUGGGGAAACACCAGUUUUGCAUGGCAAUUAUCAAAUCGGGGAGAUUGAUCAACGUUGAAAUGUCUUCACUUUGACCAUUUAACACCUUGACCAAGCGGUCACUGGCUGCGGAAACGGUUAUGCUUGCAGGCCAUACGUGAAGUUUGAACAUGAUCGAAUCAUACACAUUCCCAAGGAUAGCAAUGCCUCCUUGUCAAAAAUCA